GCUAUUGUAGGAAUCACCGACGAGAAGCUCCCUGUACCGUCGAAAAGUAGCUCAACGACGUCCACUCCUAAAGGUGGAACAUCAGGUGCUGUCAACACAACCAAGGGCAAGCGAGAAGCUGAACGAAAGGCGUCGACUCCAUCGAGCAGCUCCAGUUCCUCGGGUAGCAGUUCAUCGUCCGGAUCGAGCUCGAGCAGCUCCGGAUCGGACAGCGAGGAGGAAGAGGAUGAGGAAGAGGAGGAGAAGAUUUCUUCCGCUAAGAAACCUUCAGCAACAGCAGCAGCGACCGCCACGGCUUCUACGGCAAGCGCAUCUGCCAGCAAUCGUUCAAAGGCUAAGACGGCGACGGGACCAGCAAAUGCGAAGACACAACCGCAGCAACAACGAGCUCAGACGACGAAGCAGGAUGUGUUGCCCUUUCUUGACAAGGGGCCAGCACGUUCCGCCUCCGAGUCUUCAAGCUCGUCCUCGUCAUCCUCCUCGUCUGGUUCUUCCUCUGACAGCGACAGCGAUUCCUCGAGUAGCAGCCACCAAAGCAGCCAUGAUGAGUCACCGGCGGCAGCCCCGUCUCCUACUAGCAAAGCUCCCAGCAACGCACAAUCGCAGACCUCUCGUCGAAGAAAGUCGAUCACUGCAGCUUCAACGGCGACCAAUGCUAGCAGCAGCAAUAAACGUGAACCUAGUCCGAAGAAGGUUAUUGGACCCGCCAGCAUCUCAACUAAGGACAGCAAUAGAAAGCCGGCUCAUGGGAAAAAAUCCACGAUCAACGUCGCAGCCGACGCUCUUAGUGAUGAAUCGGUUCAUGAAGAUGCUACUAAGGAUCAACCUUCCACCGCCAGCGGCAAGACCGUGGCCAAGGGUAGCCGUGCGGCAGCCGGAAGCAAAGCGACCGCAACCAGUAAAGACAAACCUCAUUCCGCACAGUCUGCAUCUGAUCGGAAGUCCACAACAAGUACUAGCUCUGCUGAUCCUACUUCUGCUGUUCCACCCAAAAGCAUUGGGAAUCGGAGAAAUUCCUAUCAACCAAUUAACGAUGACACGUCUCACCAAAACACCACGACGCCCUCGGUAUCACCCAACAAACGUGGCAGCCGUCGACAGUCGCUGUUUGUUGCUGCAAGUGAGCUAGAGGAGCGACGGAAAUCUGCAACGACGGCUGCACCAUCAUCGACAACUGCGUCGAAAGCCACCGGCAGCAACCGUCGGAAGGUAGAAAGUGAGGAUACCGGAAAGGAUUUGCCAGGCGAUGGCAGUGCGCCGCUCAACAAACAAUCGAGCGAAGAAGAACAGACCAGUAACAACAGUGGUGGGUCCGCCAAGCGGUUGAACGUUGAUGAGCAACACUCAGGGCGAAAGCGAAAGAGUCCCAAGAUCGGAGAAUCCGAGACGCGUAACCAAGCGGAAGACCUGCCGAAGGACGAUGAGAAGCAUUCGAAUGUUCUGGCACCAUCGACAGUAUCCUUGCCGCCAGGGAAGGGAGCGUCCGAUCCAAUACUUGUACUGACGGAUGAAGAUUCUACUGACCAGCGAAAGGUGAAAGAAGCAUCUGCCAGUGAGACGAAGGGUGAUGUUGUUGCCUCCAGCAGAGGUGUCAAGGUUGACGACCUCGAUACAAAGCUACCUGCCACGAUUGAUAAACCUGUGGUAACGGAGGCAGAUGGUGUCAAAGCAAAGGAAGAGGGCAAGGAAGAAAAGAAGAAGGAUAUUGAAAUCAUUUCGCUGGUGGAAGAUUCUUCUCGGUCAAACGAUGACGAUGUGGUUGUGAUUGAUGAUGGCAGCAACGAAGGUGGAGAGCCCAAGGUGGCUAAACAGCUUGCCCCCGCAAAGUUGGAGGAUAGUGACCGCAAUAUUUCAAUCGCUGAAGUAUCGACAAAGCUCGAGGAUACGAAGCUGUUAAUUGAAGGUGAGACAGUGUCCUCAGACGCACACCAGCAGAAGCGUUCCGCGGCCGCGAUUGAGGAAGACCGCCAGAAGCUCAAUACACCGACCAUUGUUGGUGGUCAAGUAUGUACUGCUCCUUCGUACGUUAGUAGCCAGACGACAGCCAGCGAUAGUACGACGGUGUCACAAUCGGUACAGCAAUCGGGCAGCAAUAAUGGACCGAAGGAUGAUCGCAGCAUCAACAGCAUUGGUGGUGGUUUGGUGCUGAACAGUAGUAGCGCGGACAGUGCAACGCCUUCGUUAUUCGAUCUGCUGCUACCGCAGGACAGCUCCGUCACAGACGAUACGUUCGAGCUAAACCAAACGAUCCACUAUCGGUUCAUGGAAGACUGUAAGGAGGAUACACAGCGCGAAACGCUCAAUCUGGUCGAGAAGUUACGCCAAAAAUACAAAAAGCAUAAUCAAUCAAGCGGCAACAAUGAACAGAAAGCAAUGGAUGAGGAUCCAUCUAAGAAGGCUGUCAGUAACACUCCAUCGGACAGUACGGCGGCACUAUCGCUAACCGAAGAGAUGAUGCCACCGACGAUAACGAACUUUGCGGCAACGGAGCAACAGCAGC